GGCUGGGACGCGAUGGCCGGCCUGCUGGCGCGGCGCUGGGGCCCCGCCGUCCUCCGCAGUCCCCUGCAGGUGACUCGCUUCUCAGCACUUCAGCUGCACGUGUGUGGCCCAGCAAUGAGAGCCAGCCAGAAGGAUUUUGAAAACGCAGUGAAUCAGAUGAAACUCUUGAAGAAGGACCCGGGAAAUGAAGUGAAGCUACAACUCUACGCACUCUAUAAGCAGGCCACUGAAGGACCUUGUAAUGUGCCCAAACCAGGCGUGCUUGACUUUGUCAGUGGGGCCAAGUGGGAUGCUUGGAGUGCUCUUGGCAGUCUGCCCAAGGAAACCGCCAGACAGAACUAUGUGGACUUGGUAUCCAGUCUGAGUGCUUCCUCUGAGUCCUCCAGCCAGGUGACCCCUGGAGUAGACGGGAAGCAACUGGGAAGUGACGCCGUGAUGGUGACCUCCAAAGACGGCAUCACAACGAUCACAUUGAACCGGCCCGAGAGAAAAAAUGCACUCACCACCCAGAUGUACCAUGACAUCAUGCUUGCACUUCAGGCUGCCAGCAAGGAUGAUUCAACCAUAACUGUUUUAACAGGCAGUGGGGACUAUUAUUCUAGUGGGAAUGACCUGACCAACUUCAUGGAUACCAGCCCUGGCGACGUGAAGGAGAAAGCCAGAAGCGGGGCCAUUUUACUGAGGGAUUUUGUCGACUGUUUCAUAGAUUUUCCAAAGCCUCUGGUUGCCGUGAUAAACGGUCCAGCUGUAGGAAUCUCCGUCACCAUUCUCGGGCUGUUCGACAUAGUGUAUGCGACCGACAGGGCAACAUUUCAUACUCCGUUCAGCAACCUAGGCCAGAGCCCAGAAGGAUGCUCCUCUUACACUUUUCCCAAGAUAAUGGGCCCAAGCAAGGCAACAGAGAUGCUCAUUUUUGGGAAGAAGUUAACAGCCCAGGAAGCCCGUGCCCAAGGACUUGUUACUGAAGUUUUUCCCGACAGCACUUUUCAGAAAGAAGUUUGGGCCAGGCUGAAAGCAUAUUCCAAGUUACCCCCAAAUGCUGUUAAAAUUUCAAAACAGAUCAUCAGACAUCAUGAGAAAGAAAAGUUACACGCAAUUAAUGCCAAGGAAAGCAGCACCCUGCAGGAGAGGUGGCUGUCGGAUGAGUGCGUGAAUGCCAUCGUGGACUUCCUGUCCAAAAGGGCAAAGCUGUGACAAGCGCCACGGCAGAGCCACGCGCUUCCAAGGCAGGGAUGGGCUGCUGUUCCUGUUUUCCGAUUCCUGAACCAAGUAAACCUCGCUGUGCCUUUCUACAGUGCUGAAAUAUCAGACAGGAGGAUUAUACUUCACUAGAGCCCUGAUGAAAAACAAAUAACGUGAGACGAGCUUUGGGAAUUUACUUACGUCUUUGGUAGUGGGGGGUCUUACGUCUUUCGACAUGAAUGGCUGUUGCCAGGCGCACUGAAACAUUGUUCCAGGCAUCCUGCUCCGAAAAGCAUUCACAGCAUGGCAAGCGGAGACCAUGUGUUCAAAAACCACGACUGCACUUUGCCGUCCACACAGGGUCACUGACUUGAUCGGCCCAAACACCGACAGCCUCUGGAUGACGGAGUCAAGAUCUUCGGUGGGUCGCAUGUUCUUUUUCAGCCAUCUGGCAGGGGGAGCACACAGACAGGGCAGUAUUUUAGAGGAUAAAUUAGAAUCUUAGUUUCAUUCCCCCCGACCCUGCCCAUAAUCUGAUACAAAGGGAUGAAGGGAGAAUUGGAUUGUUUUGUUGGAAAGCAAUGUCCUGUGUCAGUGAUCGUGUCCUCAUUUAUCACAUAGCCUUCGUUCUCAUUUAAUGUGGUACUUUAUAAAAAGCACACCUGAAAGCUGCCCUGACUGUCCUCGCAACUUUCUGUUUCGAUGGCCGCCAUGGGCGUCACUUGACGAGAGUUUAAUUCCAGUGGCUAUAGGAUUGGCACGGAAUGGUUUGCUCUUCCAGAUGUCCUCCUUCCUCUUUAACCUCCUUCAAGCAUCAGCACCCAGGCCGCCAAGCCACCGAGCCUCUAACCUCUUAGUUCUUAAUUUUUUUAUUCCAGUAAUCCUAAUCCAAAGUGUUCAGUCCUAUAGGAAAUAUAUUAACAGUGAUAACCCACUCAUGUUCAUUGAGCACUCACUAUUGUUUCUAGUGCUUAACGCCCAUAAGCACAUUUUGUCCUCAAAAAACUAUGCCAAAAAUUAAAAAUGAGGUAGGUACUGUUGCUGCUCCCCUUUUACAAGUGAGGAGUCCUAGGCAUGGAGAUGCAGGUAGCUUUUCCAGCGUCAGCGCCCCAGUAAAGGUCAGAGAGUCCCAGCCCCUCUGUGUCCCUGUGAGCCAGCAGCUGCCCAUCCCUCCCGCGGACUUCAGGCAACAUCUCUGACAAAGGUGAAAAACAGCUGUGAGGAGCAGAAAUUA